AUGCGUCUCUCCCCCACUCUCUUCUCAACCGCAUCAGCCUCUCCGGCUUCAUGGCUGACAUUCCUAAAAGCCGCACAGCUGCAGCGCAUCGCCCGCGCAACGGGCAUCCAGUCCUCAGGCACGAAAGGGGAUCUGAUCCGCAGGAUUGAAACGGAGCUGCAAUUGCAAUUUCCUGUCCAGCAGAACUCGCAGACGUCUGCAUGUAUAAGUACAAGCGCUAGUACUCUGGUAUCAUCCCGACAUGGGAAUGGUGAUAGCGGGUCUGGAGGAUAUACCGGGAAUACUUCCAAUUCCCAUUCCCGUUCUAGUCCACGGGAGCAAUGGAGUAUCCUGAGUAUCGAUAUGGGGAUUCAGAAUUUGGCGUUCGCUCAUCUGCGCAUACCGAAAUCUAGCAGUGAAGAGGGUCCUGGGGCUACUCCUGCGAUGCCGGAACUAACAGCGUGGCGCCGACUUGCGGUUUCGGAAUUCGCAGGACUAGAUCUGGCUCGGAGUGUGGAAUUGGGAGGGAGAUCUACACCAACCCCUGCUCUCGAAAAAGACAGCCCACCACCAGAAGACCCAACCUCACCCUCACCCCCUAAAAAGGGAAAGCAAAACCCCCCCGCCCCAACAGCAAUCCCCUUCUCCCCACCCCUCUACGCCUCGCACGCCUACACUCUCAUCACAAGCCUGCUAUCAGUCUACCGCCCCACGCACAUUCUAAUCGAGCGGCAGCGCUUCCGCUCCGGCGGGAGCAGCGCCGUGCAGGAAUGGACGCUGCGGGUUGGUGUGUUUGAGGGGAUGUUGUAUGCUAUCUUGCAUGCGUUGCGCCAGGAGCGCGGUGGGGACUUUGCGGGUGUUUGUGUCAGGGGAGUUGAGCCGAAGAGGGUGGUUAGGUAUUGGCUUGAUUCUGAUUCCGAGGGUAGGAUGGGGGUUGGAACUGGGGGGCCUGUUCAAAGGAAAAGUAAAAGGAACGGGGAUAAGGAUGGUGGAGGGGACAAGCAGAAGCCAAAGAUGAAUGCGAGGGAGGUGAAAAAAGCCAAGAUCGACCUCGUGGGACGGUGGUUACUAGCUGCAUCAUCUAACCGCGGACCCGGGUCCCAAGCAACGACCCCCAAAGCGGCUGCUGCUGCUGCCAGGGAAGGCGAUGAAGUGCAGAAGUUCAUCCUGGAUGAGAAGCAGGCUGACGUACAGAGUCUUGCUGGUGCCUAUCUGCGGAAGUGGAAAGGGCAAACGCAGAAACCCACAAAGCAAGAAUCGAAUGAUGAUCAGUAUGAGCAGCCCAUCACCCUGGGGAAACUCGAUGAUCUGGCGGAUUGUCUGCUGCAGGGUGUGACUUGGCUUGAAUGGCAGGAUAUGCGGGAGCGGAUUGCGAGGGGGUGGGAUGGGGGCUCUUGA